AUGGGUAAGAGAGACAAGAAAGAGGAAAAGGAGGAGAAGAUUGAAGAAGCAGGAGGAAGAGUGGCAAGAGGAGAAAGAGAAGGAGAAAAAGGAGAAGCAAGAGGAAAAGUAGGUGAAGAAGGAGGAGAGAAGAGAAGUCACUCGAAAGAUCAAGACCCAUCAAUUUGCGCGAAGGAAACGAAGAAAAUAAGGAAAAAAAGGAGGAUAAGAGUGAAGAAAGAUGGGGAGGAGGAAAAGGAGAAGGAGAAGGAGAAGGAAGAGAAAAAGUAA